AACCAAAAAAAAAAAAAAAAAAAAAGUGUGUAACGUUUCGUUACUCGUUACUAGAUGCCGCACCCGUUACUCAGUAACGAAUACAUACGGUUUGCUACAGCUCUAAUUAAUAUAUAUAUAUUUUUUCCUUCAUAUUUACGAAUGAAUUAAAUGGUGAAGAAAAAAAGACCAAAUACUCCCGUGGGCGACGUGGACAGCUGCAGUGCUCCCAACAGUGUGGGCGGGUCAGGCGCCCCCAGCCCCACGCCCGUGGACGCCCCGGACGAUGCCAAGGAAGACAAGAAGCCCGUCUGCACGUUCAAGGAUCCUGCCUUCCAGCACACCAGCAAGUCCAACAACAAGAAGCGGGCGUGGCGCUCGCUGAAGCAGAUAAUAGCCCAGGAGAGGGCGCUCCCGUGGCCGGACAGCUUCGUGCACUACAGCUCCGUGGACGCCCUGCCCUCGUUCUGGCCGGCCAAGAAGUACUCCGACAUCUCCGGGCUGCCGGCCAAGUACACGGACCCACAGACGAAGCUGUGCUACUCCAUGGCUGAGGAGUUCAGCACGGUGCGCAGCCUGCCCAUGGACAUCACGGCCGGCUACCUCGCGCUGCGCCGUGCCAACAACCCGGUGGGCUAGCGUCCGUCCGUCCGUCCCUCCCGUGUCGCCGGCCGGGGUCUGAUCAACCGAGUUCAUGACCGGUACGGGCCAUGCCAAACACAUGCCUUCGAAAAUGUGAUUUAAAAUAAAAAUACUGCUACCUGGGUAACUGUUCCAUUAACAUUACAUUUGGAAUUAUGUUAAAUACAUGCAGCAUUUAAGUUCUCCACUUAAGCUGUUGGAACAAGCCAGUAGUCGCUAAAAAUGUUUUGAGAAAAUUAAACAAUAAAGCCUUUGGAACUAAA